AUGGGUGACUCUAACCCCGAUGCCGAAGACCACAAUGGUUCUCACUCCCCCUCCGACGCUGUCCAGCCGCAGAUGACCAUGCACCCGAUCACAUAUUCGAGCAUGCCCAUGCACAUGUACCCCUUCCCGCCUGGCAUGCUCCCCGCUCAGCCGCCCCGCACCAAGCGCAGACAGGUUAAGAAUGCCUGCACCAAUUGCCAGAAGGCAUGCAAGAAGUGCGACGACGCCCGCCCCUGCCUCCGCUGCGUCAAGUACGGCAUUGCCGAAGAGUGCAUCGAUUCCCAGCGGAAGGAACGGCAAAAGGGCAUCAAGAGGGGGCCUUACAAGAAGCGCGAUGGAAAAACCGCCAACGUCGAUGAGCCGCCAGUCGACGUUCAAGGCGUGACGCAGGCAAUUCCCAUGCCCGCGGCCAUGGCGGCCCCCACGCCGACGCCGCCGAUCCCCUACAUGACGCCUGUCGGGUAUCCCCCUGGCUUCUUCGGCCAGUAUUCGCCCGGGCCCCCCAAGCCUGGCGAGGCGAUCUACUAUCCCCAGUUUUAUCUCGCCCCCGUUCCUCACGCUCCGCAGACGCUCCCUCACCCCAACGGCCAGGAUGGUGAGCCAUUCCCGCAUGCACCGCUCUACUCCGCCACGUUCCUGGCGCCGUACGCACAGCCCUACGCCACCCCGUACAUGAUCCCGCGUCCACCGGAUGGCCAGAUGAUGAUGCCGCCGGCGCCGCCCCACUACGCGCCGUAUCCGCCGCCGCAGUACUUGUCGAAGCCGCCAUCGAGGAGCGCCGACAGCGGCUUCCAGAUGUUGGAGGUCAGGAGGGAUGCGCGUGGAGAAAACGGGAGAAUGGUGGAGGCCGUGCAUGGUAACCAUGGGAAGUCUGGGUGA